AUGCCGAGCCGUGAGAGAGACAGGAGCUGUGAGAGAGACAGGAGCCGUGAGAGAGACAGGAGGCGUGAGAGAGACAGGAGCCGUGAGAGAGACAGGAGCCGUGAGAGAGACAGGAGCCGUGAGAGAGACAGGAGCCACAGGAGCCGUGAGAGAGACAGGAGGCGUGAGAGAGACAGGAGCCGUGAGAGAGACAGGAGGCGUGAGAGAGACAGGAGCCGUGAGAGAGACAUGAGGCGUGAGAGAGACAGGAGCCGUGAGAGAGAAAGAAGGCGUGAGAGAGACAGGAGCUGUGAGAGAGACAGGAGGCGUGAGAGAGCCAGGAGCAGUGAGAGAGACAGGAGCCGUGAGAGGGACAGGAGCAGUGAGAGAGACAGGAGCAGUGAGAGAGAAAGAAGGCGUGAGAGAGACAGGAGCUGUGAGAGAGACAGGAGGCGUGAGAGAGCCAGGAGCAGUGAGAGAGACAGGAGCCGUGAGAGGGACAGGAGCAGUGAGAGAGACAGGAGCAGUGAGAGACGCAGGAGCAGUGAGAGAUGA